AUGAGCUUUUCAACUCUUCUACGCAGAGAAGUGCGUGGUGCUGGUGGUCUUGGUCUAGGUUGGAUCCUCGCCUUUUCUAUCGGUGGUGCUAUUCUCCUUUUUGCUGCCAUCGGAUUUCUUCUUACUUGGAAGGUCAAGACGAGAGAUCAAUCUGAUGCGACUACGAUUUAUCAAGUAUCGGAGAAUAUUGAAGAUCAUCGACGUUCCGUCUUCAGUAAGCGACUCGUCAAGCGGAAAUACAACAGUUCCAGAUCUCUGAGUCGGCUAUCCCUCUCGCUGCCUCCAGUACUACCACCUCUUCCGACAUAUAACAGCUUCACCUUCUUCGGCGGAAACAACAAACGAGGUCGAUCGAGUAGUUGGAUCGAGGAAGACAGAUUCCAUGGGCCGAGAGUUAACAGAAGUCGACGGGAUAGUCUCUUUAGCAGAGAUGGGUGGCUAGGAAGAGCACCUACAAUUCCAACUCUUAUGACGGACGAAGAUCUCGAAAAGGCACAGGAAGCACAGGAGAUGGAACAAGGUCCCCACGUGCAGAAGCGACACAGUAUUGAGACUCUGGAACGAAGCAAGACUGCACCAGAUAUGCCCCUCCACGAGGAACAUAUACAAGUCAGCCCUGUGCGAGUUCCAUCAAGAGCUCGUGUAAGAGCUUCAGUGACAGAUACCGACCUUCGAGACAUUCUUCGAAACACAGAACAAAGACUUCGAGAGGGAACCAGCAGAUCACCUAGCAAGAACUCUCGUAGCUCACCUACAAAACGUUCGCCUACCAAGAUAUCUUCGCUGAGAAGCACACCGCGCAAGAACUCGCCUACAAAGACUCCUCAUAGCCACAGAACCACUUCAUCUCUUGACUCGACCAACACAACUGGAACAGUACGCAUCAUGCGAGUGCCGCCAAGUCCGAGUAAAAGAGCAACUAUUCACACAGUACCCAUGGAUGCGCAGAGUCGACAAGUUUCUGUUAGUUCUAUUGGUAGUGCUGCGAAUAGCUUGUUAGCCGAGGCAGCGCAAGAACUCAUUCUACCAGGAGGACUCUCGAGUCCGAGUCGCUUGAGAGGAAGACAGUGGGAGCCUCAAGAGGAUGAACUUCCCCCUAAGCCAGAACCUCCAAAACAAACUGUCAAGGAGGAUAGUCCUGAUCGUCGAGUGUCGCAAGAAAGUGAAGCGUCAAGUUCACUAUCUACAUUGUACAGCGCCAACGAAUCCACUGAAGAGAAGGAUCAACCUGACCCGUUCAUCGAGAGAAGAACUUCCGCAGGGCUCAGCUCGGAUAGUAGAGGAUCACUAUUCGGAGCACGGGCGAACCAUAGAAGGGGUAGGAAUCUGAGUAUAUCGAUCCCAGGCGGACAAUCCAUUUUCAACACCCAUGGAAACGGACAUGGACAAGGCCAAUUUCGACCCUCCCUUGUGAGCACACAAGCUGUUGGCGGACCUCCGAUCUCUACACACCUGGCACCCCCUCCAGAGCGAUUCCAACGCAACGAUAGUCUUCAAGCUCGCGACCAAGAUGGCAUUGCACUCGCAUUCCCUAUCAGCAACUCAUACACCAGUGUCCUGACACCUUCUGUGACAACCGAAGGCGACAGCACUUUAUCUUUAGGGAAUACAAUCGACGAAAGCCCCAAGCCUGAAGUUCCUGAGCGAAUGAGACCGGCGUUGCAGGAGAACAGACAUAGUAUUGCAACAGUGCCGAGCCUGAACUCUUCGCCUUUUGACGAGCAAGAUAUGCUAUCAUUGCUGCUGGGUACAAACCCGAAAAGAGCACUGCCUGAGCCGCCGAAGCAUAUCGCACAGGUCGAUCAUAUAGAUAUGCCCAAGCCAGUUUCUCCAAUGCCUAGACGAGAGUUCUCACAGCAUUUGCGACAGAUGUCUUCAACAGCGAAUUCUAUAUACCGCGAUGAAGUACCCGUGGAUGAUCCUGGUGCCAUGUCAACAGGAUCACCACUUCGUCGUGCAAACUCACGAUCUAAGAAGGACAUGCCAACUCUUCCUCCCCCGCCAGCUGUACCAAGUAUGGGAUCGCUCGGUAACUCUAUCAUGGAACUUAGAAGGAUGAACAGCAUUGUUAGUUCAUACAGCGCCAACUCUUUGGGAUCAUCUACCGUCGACCCUGAUUCGCCAACACUACCCAUGUUGAACUUGACAAGCAGCUUUUCACGAAGGAGUAUGAAUCCUUCUACUCCCAGGGGAAGCACCUCAGGUCGUCAGAACUAUCUCAACCUUGGAAGUCCCAACAAGAACGCCUCCGGCUCAGUCGUGCCACCUAUGCCAAACCGUCCUCUUCCAACCAGUCGCAGUGGUCGUUCUAGCCUGAACGUGGAGAUCCACGAAGAUGAUAUCGACGAGGGCAAGGAGAACCAUGAACCGAUGCCCAUGCGAGAGACGCGCAAGAACGGAAGAGAUACCCGGGAUUUGAGCCGAACAUCAAGCGCCAAAUCCAAGCUUGGAACUGUGAGCGAACUUGUUGCUGAGAGUAAGCGCAAGACUGUUGAGUCGGUGGGAUUGUACGACAAAGAAGGAUUUCUUAACAGCUCGCCUGAUGCAUCAGGAAAGGGGCGAUUGCGCAUGUAG